GAGAGAGAGAGGAAAUGGAAGGGCAGUGCUGCUCCACCUCCACCAGCGAGGAUACGAGGAAGUCCCCGCCGCCAGCGGUUGGGCAGAGGGCUGCGGCAAGCGGCGGUGGUGGCAGCAGGGAGAGGCCCUACAGGGGAGUCAGGAUGAGGAAGUGGGGGAGGUGGGUGGCGGAGAUACGGGAGCCCAACAAGCGGUCCCGGAUCUGGCUGGGGUCCUACUCGACCGCGGUGGCCGCUGCAAGAGCCUACGACACCGCCGUCUAUUACCUCCGGGGCCGCUCCGCCCGGCUCAACUUCCCGGACGAGAUCCUAGCGGAAGACGUGGACGGAGAAGGCUUCGGCGUCAGCGGUGUGGCCUCCAUGUCGGCCGCCUCGAUCCGGAAGAAGGCCACCGAGGUGGGCGCGAGGGUGGACGCUCUCCAGACCGGUCUGACGUCGCGGCCGUCGCCGCAUCUGCGACAACAGAGAGGACACCAUCAACACCAGCUCGAACAACAGCAGUUGCCAUCUCGGCGUGCCAUGAAUCCUGAUCUCAAUCAGGAGCCGAGCCCGGAGGACUCCGAUAAAGAUUGAAGUACUAGUCCACUCUAUGCUAGGCUCUUUUCGAUAGCUUCUGGCCGGCAUGGACGCCGGUGACGGAGGAUAGAACAAAGAGAAAGAUAUCUUUUGUUUGAUUUGUGUUGUUUUCGCUCUCUCUCUCUCUCUCUCUCUCUCUCUCUC